AUGACUAUUAGUCUAGAAGAAGCUGAGUUCGAGAGAAGGCAGAAGCUAGCAAAGAAAACAGUAACAAAAUCCUCUACGCCAUGUGCACAAAAAAAGAGGCCGGGUGGGGGUCGCUGGGGCGACGGGCUGCAGGCGGCGACCGUGGAGAGGAGCGGUGGCUGGGGCCGGGCAGAGCGGGCUAUAGGUGGCAGCUGCGAGUGGAGUGGUGGCCGGGUGGUGCGGGCUGCACAGGUGAGCAGGGGGCCAGGGGCUGCAGGUGGCGGUGGUGGUGCAGGGCCGCCGGAGGGUGCCGGGCGGCGGGGAGCCGGUGCUGGGGCCGGUAGGAGGCCGGUGGCUGGGAAAGUUGCUGGCGACAGCUAUACCGGGGCCUGCAAUAUGGCAGGGGCCCCAUGGGCAGCGGCACAGUCUGCAUUUGCAGAACUGCCUUGA